ACAUGCCACCCAUCCUGCGGGCGCUCUCCGAUGUAAGCUGCUUGGCGCAGUACAGUCUGCAUGGGAGGCUGGCGGAGCUCCCUGCGAACUACGAUGCGCACACGCAGCAGUUCAAGUUCACAUGGUCAUCCCAUUUCAAAUGCCACGCUUCGGUGGAAGGCGCAGGAGCAGAGGCGCCUCCGUUGUCGAUACUUUCUUCCAGCGCGCCUGAGUUCAGGGGCGUCAGGAAAAUUUGCUACCCGGAUGGGUUGCCGAUGGAGCUGGGCUGGCAGUGGAAAGGGACCAUGAUCAACCCGUUCUUCUUCGAGCCCCACCGGUGCCGAGACCUCUUCACGCGGCAGCUUCCCAAGGGGCAGGGCCUCCCGCCGCAGUGGAUGAUGCACCACCCUAGCGAGGGCGAGGUGCUGGCCAGGCAGUCCGAAAUCCCACCCCAGCUCGCCAAGCUGGGCUGGUGGACCUUCGGCACGGUGCGCGCCAACCCCGGCCUGCAGCUCCGCAGGCUGGCGACCACGCUGCUCGGCCACGAGCAGGGCCGGAGGCUGGACCUUCACUCGGAGGCGCUCCUGAACCUCGCCCUGCAGGCGUCGACCCAGAUCGGCCCCUGCGUCGCCGGCGAGCUGCCCGCGGCAGCGGCCUGGAAGCAGGAUCUCGGGGUGCAGGAGUGGAUGGAGGACUUCGCCCACGGGCUGAGCGACAGGGCGCAGGAGCUGGCGCACAAGCGCAGGGGCCACCAGGCCCUGCUGCUCCUCGUCGUGGUGGCGAACUAUUUGGUCCAGUGGCACGAGGCGCCCUUCCAACGUGUCCUUCGCUCUUGCUGGAACGUGGCCGAGCGCUGGGCCGCGCAGGUGGCGGAGCUCCUGCAGAACACGGCGCACGAGGACACUGAGCGCCUCGCGGAGCUCCGUUGCCUGAGGUGCACCUUCGCUGUGUACGAGCUCCUCGCCAGACGCGUGUGCCCCAAGGUCUUGGACGCCGUGGCUGCCGCCCGAUUGCUUGAGCUCCGGGUGCGCAUCGCAGAAUCCGCACUUCUGGACCAGGCCCUGGACCAGGAGCUCGCAUGCUGGGUCAGCGAGACGAUGCUGCACCGCGAGGCGGAGCUCGUCGCCUCCUGCGCCGGCCCAGGGGGCUGCACCAUCCUCGGAGGUGCAGCCCGCGUCGUUGUGCCCUGGGUCGAGGCGGACUUGUUGUGGCAUCAGGUUGAUGCUGGGCCGCUCUUCACGACCACGUCCAAGAGUGGCGACGUCUUCCACGUGCACCUGCACACAGGGGUCGUCAGGCAGAACGGGCUCCAGAGCGGCCGGCUUCCCGAUGCCAUACAGAAGCACGGCCUUUACGCGCGAGUCUUCGGGAAGGCCUUCAGCCCCCCGGUCAUGCAGACGUCGCCGACGGAGUUCAGGAGCAAGGAGGUCUUUGCGGACCGCUUCUACCGCUUCGCGGCCACCGCGUCCGGGGCGCUUUUGAUCAGGGAGCUGAAGACGGCGGAUGCAGACGACGGGGUGCUCCUGAUCCCCCCCGGGCUCGUGGCCUUGCCUCCGCCUCUCGUGGAGGCGUGCAGCCAUUGGCUGGACUGCGCCACCGGCCGGCUCGAGGUUCGGCCAGAGGACUGCAGACAGAAGGCGCCGUUGUUUGUGGCGCAGCUGCGACGAGUUGGAUCGUUGCUUCCUUCCCUUUCCUUGUACGCGGACGUGCACAGGGUGGCUGACAAGCGCAGGCUGCUCCCGACAUUGGCCACGGAGCUCCGGCCAAUCACGACAGUGCUGUCCAAGUUCGACGACGCCCAGUACAUCUUGUGCUUCGGCGCUGAGGGGACCAGCGAAACAGCAUCUGGCCCCUGCGAACUGCAGCAGGUCGAGUUCUUUCGCGACGGAUGCUCCCGCCUCACGUUCCACGUGGGGGAGGGAGGCGAGCUGGGCUCGGUAGAUUUCCGCGGGUACACGCUGCGCCCAUGCCAGCAGGUCGAGACCCUGCUCGGCAUGGAGCAGUACCUGGUCCUCCGCGCCCGCGCGCCGACGGAGGGGCAGCGCCCAGAAACGGUGGUGCUGAUCCCGAACGCGAUGGUACAGCCCGCAGUGCCAAUGCAUGUGCAGACGAGCACGCAGGGUCGCAUCGUGUACAGGGCGCUCGCCGGGCAGGACGACCCCGACAAGGGACUCCGGCCCAAGAACCCGUCCUCCGCGCUCUCGCUGGCCGAUCAUGUGGAGAAGGGGUGGGAGGAACGGGUGGCCUCCAGGUACCUGUCCGCCACACUGGACCCCGUGGUCGCGCUCCUGUACUCGGCCAUGGCGAUCGCCAAAGGCGCCCCCCUCGAGGGAUUGCGGAUCGCAGCCAUCGACCUGGCGAUGCUUCCGGACGCUACUGAAGUCGUCGACAUCUCUGACAAUGUGGCCUGCACGGCCGCGGGCUUGCCGCGGACGGGAAGGGCGUCCCACCUCGGGAUCGGGCACCGGAUGGUAUGUCUCGCAGGCGACGUCCCUGCCGCCGCGAUCGUAUCUGUGGUGUCAUGGCUUCAGGUGCUCGAGGCGAGCGGUUGCGAGGCGAAGGCGCUCAUUCCCCUUCAGCAGCACUGUCAGCGCAUCCGUGAGUUCCGGGAGCACGUCCCAUCUGCCCUUCAGGAAGCACUGUUCAAGGCGCUGCAGCCGAGGCGCUCUGGCCCCGACCAGGCCGAGUCAGGCCGAUCGCCGGAAUUCUUCGCCUUCGCGCUGGAUCGAGAGGUCGGCCGUCUCAAGUCCGAGAGGACAGACGCCAGGCUCCUCCUGGCCGCCUGCUACGCGAAGUGCCACUCCGCCCUCCCCGACCCGCUCACAGGAGCCACAGGGGUUGAGGCGGCGAUCGAGGAGCUGCUGCACUGCUGGCAGAAUAAGCCGUACACCGAGAGGGAGCACGAGGUGAUGUCAGAGAUCUUCGAGGAGGGCUCGGGGCGGAAGUUGGCGUUGCGCUGCCUGGCCAAUCUGCUUUGGGCGGACAGUCAGGACACCUACUUCAUGCACGGCUUGGAGAGGCCGCAGCAGUUCUGCAGGAAGUGGGAUCCAGAGGAGGACACGCUGGAGCUGGCGUGUCGAGUGAGGGAGCUGAUGCCGACAUCUGCCUGGCUCCCGGCGGCCGCAGAGAUGCAAGUCUUCGGAGGCCAGCUCCUCGGUAGAGACCGCGCUCUCAAUCGCGCGGCCCCCGGGGCCACGGAUCCAAAUCACCACUUCGAGAAGGCGGCGUUCGUCCUCUUCGCGCCGCAGCUUUUGCGGCGCGACUUUGCAGCCGAACUGAAGAAGACCAGCUUCUACAUGAAAGAUGUUGCUUGUGAGGCGCCAGCAGGAAGCUCUGUGCUGGACUGGGACGCGUGCCUGCGACCAGAGACCUUUCUGGCGCUCUACAGCGAGGCUGCGGCAGCUGCGGCAGCGCCCCGGAGCGACGGCCGCCAGGCGUUCUUCUUGAAGCUGGCCUUCUACGCAGUGUGCAAUUCAGCCAGCAUUAAGGAUGAGACGUGGACCUUGCUGCAGGUUCUAUUUCUCGUCUCGCAGCAUGGGAAGCGGCCCAGCAUUCCCCAAGCACCCCGGCGCCUCCUCAGCUGCGACACGGUUCCACGGUGUUCGACCCAUGCGAUCUCAGAGCUGACCUCUCGGAUAGCUUCGAUCAACGACGACAUCACGUCCGAGCUCCGCAACCCGCAUGCAGACCACCUGAUUUCAGCGUUGCGGAGGCAGGCGCAGGCCGUGGAGACGAAGCGCGACCUUGCCCAGGCCCUCAGCGACUUCUUCGACGAAGUCGGAGCCUCGUGCAACGCCGCGCGAUCGCUGGUCCUGGCCCCCCACUUGCCGCGAGUGCUGGCAAACCCGACGAGCCCAGAGCUGCCGGGCGUCGUCGGCGCGGCACCCUCCGUCGGGGUUUCACUCUGCAGCAACGCCGUCGGCGACGACGGCCUGGUCGCGUCGAUCGAGGCAGAGCUCCGCUCUUGCUGGCGUGUGGGAGCUGCGACUGCUGCGACGGCCGGCGAGGGCGAGGGCGAGGGCGGCGAGGCGAGGGCAGCGGAGCUCGCGGCGAGGCUCGAUGCAGCGAGGGCGGAGCUGAAGCGGGUCAGCGAGCAGGUCGAUCGGCUGCGCCAGAGGGCCGCGCGGCGAGACGAGGCGGCGGACGACGAGGGCGACGAGAUGCAGGAGGACUCCGAAGAGGAGGGGCGCCAGGCGGAGCUGCAGAGCCGCGAGGCCAGGCUCAGGAAGGAGGUGAAGUUCCUCGCGAGCGCGCGAGGCCGGGCGCGGAUCGACCUGACCUUCCCUUUGGGUGGCUCCGUGCCCCCCCUGGCGGACGAUGACGUGCUGCAGCGCCCCCUGGGGAGGAGCAUGAUGGGGGAGCUCCGCGAGAGCUGGCUCCUGUACAUGCAGGAGCUGGCCAGGCCGAAAGCCGUGCUCCUGCGCCGGGACAGCGCAUGGUAUCAUGCCCUCCUCGCCAGGGUGCAGGAGAUGCGGCGCACGGCUUGGAUCGAUCUGCGUGCCGCUGUGGACGCCCUGCCAGGCGGCGCGCACGGCGCAGCCCUGCGCCUCGCGCGCCUGGGCCGGGUCACGCCCGAGGCGACCACGCAGCAGGUGCUUCGCUGGGCGGUCGCGGCCGACGACGACGACCUCGCUGCCAAGGUGGCCGAGGCGAACCCGGCGAUCAAGCCGUCGGAGGCCCCGCGGAUCCGCGAGUACGUUAUCCUCUGCUUGGUGCUGGGGACCUACGAGCAUAAGAUCCUGAGGCUGCUCGCGCGGCUGCGCGAGCUGCCUGGCGGUGACGGCGGCGGCGUCGAGAUGGGGGGAGGCAACGAUGGCGGCGGCGGCGGUGGCCACUCGCUCGCGGAGGGCGCGGUGGUCGAGGAGCUGCAGACGAUCCGCACUUGGGACCCGCACUUGUGUCCGGAAUGGCUCGUGCUCGAGUUCGAGAGCGGGAUCACAAUCCGCAAGCGGCAGGUCGACGUGGCCAGAGUGAUGUGCCAGACGAACCACGAGCUCUUCCAGCUGAACAUGGGCGAAGGGAAGAGUAAGGUCAUCCUCCCCAUGCUCGUGGCCAAACUCGCCGACGGCAACCGCCUCGUGCGAGCGAACGUGCCUUCCUCCCUCGUCGCGGUAUCGGUGGACCACUUCCGGCAGGUCUUCGGGGGUCUCCUGCGCCGCCACAUCUUUGUGCUCCCGUUCCGCCGUGACUGCCCCGUCGCGGAGGAGCCCCGCCGCGUGCUCGCGAGGCAGCUGGCGCGCUGCCGCGCCGACGGCGGCCUCCUCGUCGCCGCGCCCGAGCACCGGCUGUCGCUGGUGCUGAAGCACUCCGAGGCCGCCUGCCGCUCCGAGAGCGCCGACGCCCCGGCGGCCGCCUCGGCCGCCCGGCGCGGGCUGCAGGAGCUCGUGGGCCAAAAGGUCUGCGAGGUGAUGGAUGAGUGCGACGAGCUGCUCAAGACGACGUACCAGCUGAUCUACACAGACGGCAGUCAGCAGCCAGUGCAGGCCGCGCCCGAGCGGUGGCUCGCCCCCCAGGCCUUGCUGCGGCUCCUGGCGACGGACUCCGCCCUCCAGCAGCUCAGGCUGUGGAAGGAGCAGGGGCUGGUGUGGAUGAGCAGGCCGAGCCCCGAGCAGUUCCCACUGAUCCGGCUGCUGGACGCCGCCGCAGUGUUCCCACAGCUGAGGGAGAUGCUCGUCGAGGCGCUUCUGAGAGACCCGCCGCUGGAGCUGGGGAGUAUCCGGCAGCUCUCGGCUUCCGACAAGGCUGUCGCUCACCGCUUGCUCCUGGAGCCGAAGAUGCAGCACAGGGAUUUGAAGAGCGCGAAAGAGCUGUUCCUGUCUCGCGGCGGCGAGAAGACGACCCUCUGGACCACGCUGCUGAUCAUCCGGGGCCUCCUGGUCUACGGCGUCCUGGACCACUGCCUGGCGCGGCGGCACCGCGUGCAGUUCGGGCUGGACCCGCACUCGGCGAAGCGCCUCGCGGUGCCCUUCCGCGCAAAGGACGCCCCGGUGGACCGGACGGAGUUCGGCCAUCCCGACGUGCAGAUCUGCCACACGCUGCAGAGCUACUACUCCGACGGCCUCUCGCGCGAGCAGGUCCAGGAGUCCUUUGCGCUGCUGCUUCGACUUGGGGAGAACGAGCUGCAGGAGCGCUACCGCACCUGGCUCCAGCUCAGUAGCCCCCGAAUGUCGCCGGAGGACAAAGAGGCGUUGCUCACCCCCUCGCGAAUCGACUGCCAGGACGCGGACUCGCUCGACGCGCUCUACAGGAACUUCAGGGGGAACUUCGAGGUGGUGAACUUCUGGCUGAACAGCGUCGUCUUUCCUUCGGACUGCAUGCAGUACCCCCACCGCCUGGUGGCGAGCGCCUGGCACCUGGCCGAGGGCGAGGAGGUUCAUGGCUUUUCGGGCACGAACGACAAUCGGCCGACCCUGCCAAUCCACGUGGAGCAGAAGGAGCUGAAGCACUCGCGGUCGACGAACGGCAAGCUCGUGCAGGUGCUGACCGACCCGGCGCUCCAUAACACGGCCUACCGCGUGAUCUCCAAUUCGGAGGCUGCGGAUGCGUCGGAGCUGCUGGACUUCGUCGCGUCGAAGGCCAGCGUUCUGCUGGACGCGGGGGCGGUGGUCACCGGGCUCGCCAAUCGGGACGUCUGCCGGGCGGUCCUCGCCUCGCAGAGCCCGGCUGCGCAGCGCUUCCAGGGGGCAGUUUUCUUCGACGAGCGCGGCGGCAUCGCGGUCCUGGACCGGCGGGGGCGGGAGUGGCCGCUGGCGAGCAGCCCCGCGCAGCCGCGCAGCUGCUUCACCUACCUGGACGAGCUGCACACCCGGGGCACGGACCUGAAGUUCGCCAAGGACGCGGUCGCUGUGCUCACCCUCGGCAAGGGGAUGACGAAGGACAAGCUGGUGCAAGCGGCGAUGCGGCUCAGGCAGCUGGGCGUGGGCCAGAGCGUGCUACUCUGCGGCACGGAGGAGGUGACGCGCAGCAUCGUGCAGACCACUGGCGUCCCGCGAGAGAGCCUGGACAGCAGGGCGGUGCUGCUCUGGGCGUGCGUGAACACGGUGGAGCAACAGGAGGAGGCGCUGGUGCAGUGGAGCUCUCAGGGCGCCGUCCACACGAGGCAGGUCUCGGUGCGAAGGCUGCUGGAGGACGAGGGCCCAGGUUUCUUGCUGGCCAGGGAGCUCCUGCUCGACGCGGAUGUGCUGGAUCUCGAGGAGAUGUACGGCCGCCCGCUGGAGAAGCUGCGGGCCGACACGCUCGUGUGCACGAAGAUGGAGCAGGCCCGCAUGAACCUUUGCCGGGUGCUCCAGCCGCACGCCCAGGCGGCGCAGCUGGCCGAGGAGGCGGCAAAGGGCCCGCUGCGCCAGAUCAAACAGAGGGCGGACGACUACCUGUCGCAGCGCUGGGUGGUGCGGAGCUCCCUGGACGAGGAGUACGAGCGGGAGCUGGAGAAGGUCGAGGAAGAGGAGCGCGAGAUCGAGCGGCCCGGCGUGCAGCAAGCAAGGCAGGAGAGCGAUUGGGACUGGCACCGCGUCGUCGAGGUCAGCUUCAUCGAGAGCUGCUCGGGCUCGGCAUCGGGAUCGGGCCGGUACCCAAAGCUCGUCGAGCUCACGAGGGACUUUGAGCGGACCCACGUCCUGUCCAACUGGCUCGCGUCUCUGCAGGUCAAGUUCCACCCGGCGCUUCGCGCCACAGAGAACUUCACGCGCACCGUGAACCUCUGCAGUGACGCCGACGAGUUCCUCCGGCCGCCGGAGUUCGUCCUCAGCCACUGCUGCGCCGCUUCUGGUGCUGCUGCUGCUCGUCCGCAGCAGGGGGGUGCGCCUCCGUACACCAGAGCAACGACGACCAUGCAGCACCACUACGUGCUUCUCUCCGGCCGCGAGGCGGAGCACGUGCUUGCUGCAUUGAGACGGGCUGACCCCAAGCAAGCCGUGGCACAUCUCCACGAGCUCGCGAGGCCCUUCGCGCCCUCGAGCUUCCCUCCUCCUCCGCUUCGGCCCCGGACCACCGCAGAGGCGGGGGCGAGCGACCGCGACGGCAGCGACGCCGAGCUGUGGACUCGCUGGGCGCAGCUGCAGCUCUUCGCCGGCGACUGCCAGUACUCCCAGCGCCGGCUGCAGCUAGGGCUCGGGGCCUUCUUGGGCAUGCUGCAGCCUGGGCUGAUGCCUGACGACAUGGACCCGGCUGUUGCUGUCUGGCUCUGCGACCGCCUGCGGGACGAGGGCGUGCUUGGCGCGAACGGGUUCGUGCUGCAGGUGGCGUCCGAGAGGCUGCGGCUGGAUGGCAAGGAUGCGGAUGGCGCCGGUGGGGCGGCUGCGGCCGCACAGCACAGGGGCUGUCCAGAUGGACAUCAGCUCCCGAGCGCGGCGGAGGUGCGCCGCAUGACGCAGGACGCGCGCCGUGGCUGCGGCUUCAGCGCCGACCCGUCCAGCAUGCUCAAGGACCUGGUCGGGCUGCGCGGGCGCCUGAUGCACUUCCCGCUGUCCGACCUGGACAAGAUGCUCAUGGGAGCGGGCGAGGCGCCCGUGAGCGAGGAGGGCUUGUGA